CUCAGCUCAGGAGAACAAGGAAUCAUGGAAGAACCAGACAGGAUCAGUAAAUUGCCAAACCCCAUACUUCAUCACAUUCUCUCAUUCAUAGAAACCAAAUGUGUUGUCCAAACAAGUAUUUUGUCUAAAAGAUGGAGUCAUAUCAUGGCCAAGAUUAUCAAGUUAAAUGCUCCAAAUCUCACAUCCUUGGUUUGCAAAGACUUAAUGUUGCAAGAGUAUUCAGUAGAGAAUCUUUCUUCUCUAGUCGGUGCUGAUAUUGAAAUGGUAACAGAAGACGAAACAAAUGUUGUAGAAGAAGAGUUAGAAAAAUAUUUGAUUUUCAAAGAAGGGAGAAAAGAACUUUAUCCCAACCGUAUGCUGAAAAUUUUGGAAGGACUUCAUAAUGUGAAAGAGUUAACAUUAUCACAUGGAUGCCUCCAGGUUCUAUCAGCAGCUCCCAACUUACUUGAGCGUCAAUUCCCUGUAUUUUCUAAUCUACGAUGGUUGAAGCUGGAGACGACAUGUAGCUUAAGUACAGUAGGGUACUUACUCAAGAUCUCUCCAAUUCUGGAAUCCCUUGUUCCAACAUCAAUGGAGCGGAGUUUACUUAAUGAGGAAGAUGAUUGGAGAGCAAGCUUACCAUUUCCAAAGAAGUUGUUCUCUGAUAAACUCGAGUUUGAGCCUGUAGCAGUCCGUGAUAACGAAUUCAGCUCAGCUGACGAUGAGGAUGAUUGGGAAGCAAAAUUGCCAUUACCACAUAUGUUGUCUCAGCUCAAGUUCGUUGAGAUUAAAGACGUCCAAGGAUGUGAUAAUGAACUCAAGUUUCUGGAAUUCUUAUUCAGGAAUGCCAUGGUUUUGGAGGAACUGAUUUUGUUUUUGUGUCCCAGCAAUAACUCAUCUCGGAAAUAUGAUCGAAUAGCAAACUUUAGUGAGAAAGUAAAAAGACUUCCCAGAGCUUCUCCAAGUGUGACCAUGAUCUUCAUAUAUUCUUAGUCUACCAGUUAAUGUGAGGAUAUUCUCUUUGUUCUUAAAUACCAGAACUAGUUAUAAGCUAUGUCUUUUGAUAAAAGAAUCGCAGUACCUGCUGAUUAUGCCACAGGACAUGCGACAUGGUGUAGAAUGUUAGUGGGGCUACCUCUUUACAUCGGAUUAAAACAGGUUUACAGUGAACAACUUUUUAAUGUUUCAGAUGAUAACCAAGUACUGGAUGAUU